AACAGCUUCCGGGGCAUGCUGGCAGCCCCGCUUUAGCAGACGAUGCUGGCGUGCAACUGAUGGUCGAUAGUUUGGAGGUUGGCUGUCUUUCGCCUAAAGGUCGUCUGUGGACCUACCCAGCUCUACUCCCAUUGUGGUGGAAGAGAAUCAGCGACCCAGAAGAAAUUGUUGCCCCGGGGAUCGGAUAGGACGAUGGGGAUGAGUGGAGACCAGGAGGAACCAGGGAGCCGCCGGAGCCGCUGACCGUGGCUUCUCUCUUCUCCUCUGCCUGAGCUCCUCGAUCUUCUGGGGAAUCUGUGGGAUCUAGGUAUAGUGCUUUUGCUGGCCACCAUGUUUGUGUUAGUAGAAAUGACAGAUACAGUGCGAAUUCCUCCAUGGCAGUUUGAAAGAAAGCUUAAUGAUGCAAUCACUGAAGAGUUAAAUAAGAAGUUGGCCAAUAAGGUUGUAUAUAAUGUUGGCCUCUGUAUCUGUCUAUAUGACAUUACAAAACUGGAGGAUUCCUACAUAUUUCCAGGAGAUGGUGCAUCACACACAAAAGUACAUUUUAGAUAUGUUGUAUUUCAUCCAUUUUUGGAUGAAAUUCUGGUCGGAGAGAUAAAAGGCUGCAGUCUUGAAGGUGUACAUGUUUCUCUUGGGUUCUUUGAUGACAUACUCAUUCCUCCAGAAUCUCUACAACAGCCUGCCAAAUUUGAUGAAACGGAACAGGUAUGGGUUUGGGAAUAUGAGACUGAAGAAGGAGCUCAUGACCUGUACAUGGAUAUGGGAGAAGAAAUUCGUUUCCGUGUGGUAGAUGAAAAUUUCAUUGAUACAUCCCCAACAGGCCCAAGCUCUGUAGAGCCUUCCACAUCUAGUGGCACUGAGGAGACACAGAAGAAAGAAGCACCCUAUACUAUUGUGGGAUCUAUCAGUGAACCCGGCCUGGGUCUCCUAUCCUGGUGGACUAACAGUUAACUGAAGGUAAAGAUGGACAGUUUACACAGAAAAAGCCAAGAGAUGCCUUGAUCAACAGUUGCAGAAUGGUAACUUUUUUUCCCAUUUCUGCUUUAUAUUAAAUCAAUCUGAUCGAGAUAUAGUAAAUAAAUGAGUGGGCCUAGUGGAUUGUCAUCAAAAUGGAAUAACUAUGCAUCGUAACUCUAGAACAUUACUGUAAUAAUCCUGAUGCUUUUAUCCACCAGAUCAGGUUAUAAGCGCCUGGGAAUGGUAUGUUAGCUGAAAAGAAAAAGAAAAGAGAAGAGAAGAUCCUCUAAAUUAAAAAAGUGCAAAGAAAAAAUAUUCUGAAGGAUUGACCUCAUGCUGCUACACUUCAUUAUGAAAAUAAAUGUUAAAAAGGACUGAUACUAAAAAAGCACUACUUAAUUUUUUUCCAAAGGAUGGAAGGGCUGCUUGUUUUUUAAAUUCAGACAGGUUAUAGUAAAAAUGUGGUAUAGCUUGGACAAUGAUCAAGUUGCCUCUUCUCAGUUUUAUAACAAAUCAUCAUUUGGAAGGGCCGCAACCACUGGGUAAAAUGAAUCAGCUGCUUUUCUGCCAGAAUUACAGUUAAAAUAGAAGAGAAUAUGUGUAGCUCAGGGAUGAGCUGUAGACUCCUUGGUGUUCUCUGAGCUUUGUUGUUUGCACACUUUUCAUUACCCAAGUAGUAGCAUUGGUAUUAUCAGAUGAUACCUAGUUGGGUAAAGUAAUGUUUGCAAGCAAACAACCAAACUCAGCAAGGACUCCAUAUUACAGUCAGAAAUUCUGCUUUAUCCAGACAACAAAGAAAACUUAUCUUUCUAUGUUGGGGGGAAAAAAAGAGCUGAGGUGGUGCAGUACUGCAGCUACUUCAGCUGACUGCUAGUUCAGCAGAUCAGCAGAUCAAAUCUCACCGGCUCAAGGUUGACUCAGCCUUCCAUCCUUCCGAGGUGGAUAAAAUGAGGACCCAGAUUGUUAGGGGGCAAUAUGCUAUUUAGUAUACUGUCUUUGGUGUAAGCCGCCCAGAGUCCUCGGAGAGUGGGCAGCAUAGAAAUAUGACAAAUAAAUAAAUAAAUACAACCAUUAUUGUUUUUAGCAUAAAUACUUCAGAAAGACAGAUGGCCUCCAGGGAUGUUCCAUUGAGAAGACAACAUUUUACCUAAACACACACACUUACCUCUACAUGUUGCUAUAGCUCUUUUUCAACAAAAGAACUUUAUAUGGAAGAAACCCCCAUUUGUCACAUGUUAAGUAUGAAACAGGCUUAGACCAUUUUUGUUGCACUGUGAUAGAAAUUAAGAAUAUUAAAAUAGUUCCAACAUAUUAUCAAAAAAAGUUUUCAUGAUGCUGCAAUUUUGUGUUUGUGCAGGACUUUUCUAUUCUUGGUGUUAGUUUUCUGUUAUGAUUACCGCUGAGAUGCAAUGUUUUGCUUUCUAAUAUUGUGUAAUAAAAGUUGGUAGAAAGUUGGUAGAAAAAUGAAUAAGUUUAAAAUCUAGCUGGUAACUAUACAACUAGAGUUUUUCCCUGCUUUUCAAAGAAAGGAAUUUGGACUAAAAGCAAUGAUCUCUAUUGGUAUUAAAUUUGCCACUUUUUUUGCUUGUUAUCCCUUGAUGUUAUUUAAAUGUAUUUAGAAUUUUUAUAUUAUGCAUCAAAUUUUUGAUACUUCUUAUAUAAAAUAUAAAAUUACUAAGAGUUGACAAUAAUUCUUAUCAUUUUUCUGACAAAUUCUGUGCGAUACUUGCUAUUUUAUACCGGAUAUAAUUGGAUUCUGAUCUUUCUAUUGUUUUAAGACUGGAUUCUGUUAAAUUACUUCUACAUAUACCAUAUAUCUGUUCUUCUUUUGGCAGAUUUUUUUUCAUUGAUGCUCAUUACUAAAUUCAGUCCUUGAGACUGGAAUAAAUUACUGAACACUGUAAUUCUAGGAUGUAUAUAUGUAUUCUUACAAAUUGAUUCUGCGUAGCCAUUUAGCAAAAGAAGAGUUAAAAUGCCCGCUGAUGAUUUGAAGCUUACCAUCUAUAUUCAAUUUUAACAUUAUUUCUUGAUAGAGUGGCUUUCAAAACACUUAAUAAAAUUUGUAAGUCAAAUAA